ACACACAGGCGCGCUCGCGCGCAGCACACACAGAUCACAAGCGGCGUCGAUAACAACAGCGGCGGGCGAGACGCGCGCGCGUUCGGGCGCACCGUGCGCGCGAGGAGGAAGAUGAGGAUGAGGAGGAUGGCGGUGAUGGUGAUGAUGGGCCUGCAUGCGAGCUCGUGCCCCUGACGAAGAGCCGUCGCUGUCACGAGUCUUGCACGUUUUCAGCCCUUUCGCGAGCGCACGCACGCACGCGCCCGAGUUCCGCUGAGGUCUGUGUCCGUCUGAGGAAGCCGCCUGCCUGCCGGAGCGGUCAGUCGGCGCGCGCCGCUCGGCCUCGCCGAGGAGUGUGAUGAAAAUGGACGCGGAGCUGCUUCACUCGCCCGUGGUGGGGCUGUCGGAGGAAGAAGAGGCCGACAUGAGCGACUGGAACCUUCCGCUGGCCUUCAUGAAGAAAAGACACCUGGAGAAGAUCGAGGGGUCCAAAGCACUCGCACAGAGCUGGAGGAUGAAGGACCGGAUGAAGACGGUGAGUGUGGCGUUAGUGUUGUGUCUGAAUGUUGGAGUUGACCCUCCUGACGUGGUGAAGACGUCUCCCUGUGCCAGACUGGAGUGCUGGAUCGAUCCUCUUUCAAUGAGUCCACAGAAAGCCCUGGAGACGAUAGGGGCCAACCUACAGAAACAGUACGAGAACUGGCAACCCAGGGCACGCUAUAAGCAGAGUCUGGACCCCACAGUGGAUGAGGUGAAGAAGCUAUGUACGUCUCUGCGGAGGAACGCUAAAGAAGAACGUGUCCUGUUCCACUAUAACGGACAUGGAGUCCCCCGACCCACCGUUAAUGGAGAGAUAUGGGUCUUCAACAAGAACUAUACACAGUACAUCCCUCUCUCCAUCUAUGACCUGCAGACGUGGAUGGGCAGUCCCUCUAUCUUUGUUUACGACUGCUCCAACGCCGGCAUCAUCGUCAAAUCCUUCAAACAGUUCGCCCUGCAGAGAGAGCAGGAGCUGGAGGUGGCAGCAAUAAACCCGAACCACCCUCUUGCCCAGAUGCCACUGCCCCCAUCCAUGAAGAACUGCAUCCAGCUGGCAGCCUGCGAGGCCAGUGAGCUCCUGCCCAUGAACCCUGAUCUUCCAGCUGACCUCUUCACCUCCUGCUUGACCACACCCAUCAAAAUCGCCCUACGCUGGUUUUGUAUGCAGAAGAGUGCCAAGCUGGUGCCAGGGGUGACUUUGGACCUGAUUGAAAAAAUCCCCGGGCGUCUGAAUGACCGGAGGACGCCAUUAGGAGAGCUGAACUGGAUUUUCACUGCGAUCACUGACACCAUCGCAUGGAACGUGCUGCCUAGAGAUCUUUUCCAGAAGCUCUUCCGUCAGGACCUCCUGGUGGCCAGUCUGUUCCGUAAUUUCCUAUUGGCCGAGAGGAUUAUGAGGUCGUAUAACUGUACUCCAGUCAGCAGCCCCAGAUUGCCGCCCACGUACAUGCAUGCGAUGUGGCAAGCAUGGGAUCUUGCUGUGGAUAUCUGUCUGUCUCAGCUGCCCACCAUCAUAGAAGAGGGAACAGCCUUCAGGCAUAGUCCGUUCUUCGCUGAGCAGCUCACAGCGUUCCAGGUGUGGCUUACGAUGGGGGUGGAGAACAGGAACCCACCGGAGCAACUUCCUAUUGUCCUGCAGGUCCUCCUUAGCCAGGUGCACAGAUUGCGGGCAUUGGACCUGCUGGGACGCUUUCUGGACCUGGGACCGUGGGCAGUGAGCUUGGCUCUCUCUGUAGGAAUAUUCCCGUAUGUGUUGAAGCUGUUGCAGAGUUCUGCAAGGGAGCUGCGUCCACUCCUCGUCUUCAUCUGGGCUAAAAUACUGGCCGUGGACAGUUCCUGUCAGGCUGAUUUGGUGAAGGAUAAUGGCCACAAGUACUUCCUGUCCGUUCUAGCUGAUCCGUACAUGCCGGCGGAGCAUCGGACUAUGGCAGUCUUCAUCCUGGCUGUUAUCGUCAACAACUACAACACAGGACAGGAGGCCUGUUUGCAGGGUAAUCUGAUAGCCAUCUGUCUGGAGCAGCUCAGUGACCCUCAUCCACUCUUGCGCCAGUGGGUGGCCAUUUGCCUCGGUCGGAUCUGGCAGAACUUUGACUCGGCCCGCUGGUGCGGUGUCCGAGACAGCGCCCACGAGAAGCUCUACAGCCUCCUCUCGGAUCCCAUCCCAGAGGUCCGGUGUGCGGCUGUGUUUGCACUGGGGACAUUUGUGGGCAAUUCGGCCGAGCGGACGGAUCAUUCUACCACCAUCGACCAUAACGUGGCAAUGAUGUUAGCCCAGCUAAUCAACGAUGGCAGCCCUGUGGUCAGAAAGGAGCUGGUUGUGGCUCUGAGUCAUCUGGUGGUUCAGUAUGAGAGUAAUUUCUGCACCGUAGCUCUGCAGUUCAUGGAGGAGGAGAAAAACUAUGCAGCACCCUCACCUGCCAACACUACAGAGCCGGGUAAUCAGACUCCAGUGAGAGAAAGCCCGGCUAUCCCUCGGCUGCGGUCAGUGAACUCCUACACUAAUAUCCGGGCAGCCACCACUGCAAGGAACCUCAACAAGAGCCUGCAGAACCUCAACCUCAAUGAGGAAGGUGGCCCUGUGACCUUUUCUCCAGGUAACCUGAGUGCCAGCAGCAGUGCCAGCAGUACACUGGGCAGUCCUGACAAUGAUGAGUACAUCCUGUCCUUCGAGACCAUCGACAAGAUGAGGAGAGUCAGCUCCUACUCCUCCCUCAACUCACUCAUCGGUGUGUCCUUUAACAGCGUGUACACCCAGAUAUGGCGGGUUUUGCUACACCUUGCCGCUGACCCGUUUCCUGAAGUGUCUGACCUGGCCAUGAAGGUCCUGAACAGCAUCGCCUACAAGGCUACAAUGAACGCUCGGCCGCAGAAGAUUCUGGACUCUGGAUCUCUAACGCAGUCGGCACCGGCCAGCCCAACCAGCAAAGGAACACUCAUUCACCAAGCAGGCACUUCGCACGGGGCCAACCGCUCUCUGUCUCAUUGCAGCGGGUCUCCACCCAUUCCGGGUGUGUCCAGCUCCAGCCUGACCAACGAGGUGCCAAAGCCACCCACUAGGGAUGCCCUACCCAGUCGUCCUCCGUAUACACCCACUCUAGGCACUCAGGCCACUCCCCAUUCACACCAGUUCCAGCGAACGCGCAAAAUGUUCGACAAGGGACCAGAUCAGAUGGCGGAGGACGGUGAAGAAGCUCCCGGACACAGAAACUUCAUCAGCGUGGCCCUGCAGACCGGCCUGUGUGACUGGAGCGCCAAAUACUUUGCCCAGCCUGUAAUGAAGAUCCCAGAAGAGCACGACCUGGAGAGUCAGGUUAGGAAGGAGAGAGAGUGGAGGUUUCUGAGGAACGCGGGAGUGCGGAGACAGAGCCAGCGCAUCAUCCAGAGAGGAAUCACCCGACUGGAUGAUCAAAUAUUUAUAAACAGAAACCCUGGAGUGCCUUCAGUGGUGAAGUUCCACCCGUUUAACCCUUGCAUUGCCGUGGCUGACAAAGACUCCAUCUGUUUCUGGGAUUGGGAGAAAGGCGAGAGAUUGGAUUACUUCUACAAUGGCAACCCUCGCUACACACGCAUCACAGCCAUGGAGUACCUGAAUGGACAUGACUGCUCCCUCCUCCUCACCGCCACGGAUGACGGGGCAUUGCGUAUCUGGAAGAACUUUGCAGACCAGCGAAAUCCAGAGAUGGUGACCGCAUGGCAGGGGCUUUCAGAUAUGCUGCCUAGCACGCGAGGUCUUGCACGACGGGUAUCAAUCUAUAUUGACAGAAGUAAACAGGGAGGUGCAGGUAUGGUGGUGGACUGGGAGCAGGAGACUGGGCUGCUGAUGACCUCAGGAGACGUUCGGGUCAUUCGCAUAUGGGACACAGAGAGAGAGAUGAAAGUUCAGGACAUCCCCACAGGAGCUGACAGCUGUGUGACGAGUCUUUCGUGUGACCCACAGCGCUCCCUGGUCGUGGCGGGACUGGGGGACGGCUCUGUGCGAGUGUAUGACCGCAGAAUGGCCCCGAACGAAUGUCGUGUGAUGACCUAUCGAGAGCACGGCGCAUGGGUGGUGAAGGCACACCUGCAGAGGGAGACAGACGGACACAUUAUCAGCGUGAGUGUAAACGGCGACGUGCGUUUCUUUGACCCAAGGACGCCAGACUCCAUAAAUGUCCUACAGACGGUGAAGGGCCUGACCGCUCUGGACAUCCACCCUCAAGCUAACCUGUUCGCCUGUGGUUCUAUGAAUCAGUUCAUUGCAGUGUAUAACUCCAAUGGGGAUGUGAUCAGUAACAUUAAAUACUAUGAUGGCUUCAUGGGGCAGCGCAUUGGAGCCAUCAGCUGCCUGGCCUUCCACCCCUACUGGCCCCACUUGGCCGUGGGCAGCAACGACUACUACAUGUCCAUCUACUCAGCGGAGAAGAGACUGAGAUAACACCGUGAACUCUCAGACCUUUUGACCUCAUGCGCCAGGCGGAGGCGGGAUGUAAAUGACUCUUGUACAUAUGCAACUACCACCAUGAAUGUCUAGUGAAGGCUGCUGAACUCACACGAUGACUAUAUUAUUAUUCUUAUUAUUAUCAGUACUAUUAUUAGAAUUCUUCUUCUCAUUUUGGAGUUAUUGAUUGUAGACUUGGCUGUGCUGAGCAGUGUGUAUAUGUAAACUGCGUAUAAAAAAUAUUAAAUAAACAAAGGAGGAAAGUAUAUUUUACAUUUUGAGAGACUUCGCAGCCUGGCAGAAAUUCAGGCUUUCUCCUGGAGUCUGAAAGUGAGGCUGCUUCUGGACUUUAAUGCGAAAGGAUGAAAGGAAAAGAUGAAAGACACACUGGACCUCAUCCUCAAAGCCUUGGGCUGUCCACAGAGAUGCCUGAGCUUAAACGGACACAAAAUAAGUGGGGUCCCUAUGUAUAUAUAUGUAGUCGCUGUCAUAACAAAACCUAUAGGAGACAGAAAAUAAACAUUCUGUAAUGUA